AUGGAAAUUUGCAUCGACUCAAUAGCGUCUGCAAAGAACGCUAUAAAAGGUGGCGCUAGCAGAUUGGAAGCAUGCUCUGCGUUAUCCGAAGACGGCUUGACACCGACUCCGGGACUGAUAAGGUUUAUAAAAAAUUUUUCCAAAGUCCCGGUGCAUGCAAUGAUAAGAAUCCGGGCUGGAAAUUUUGUCUACACUGAAGAAGAAAAAGAAGCUAUGUUAUACGACCUGCAAAUCCUGGACAGCGUCGGAGCAGAUGGGUUCGUCUUCGGAGCUCUCAAUCCUGACUUUACCGUUGAUGAAGAUAUCUGUAGGGAAGUCAUCAAAGCUGCCAAGUGCAAGCCGGUGACUUUUCACCGGGCUUUUGAUGAGGUGAAAAAUCCGCUGGCGGCUUUGGAGAAGGUCAUCAGCUUGGGAUUCUCCAGGGUUCUGACUUCCGGCCAGAAGAACACGGCUCCAGAAGGCUUGGAGAUGAUUACUGAGCUUGUUAAGGCGGCUGGUGACCGCAUUGUUGUUAUGCCAGGAAGUGGGAUCACUCCUGAUAAUAUUCUGCUGAUUAAAGACGCUACGCGUGCUAGAGAGUUUCACGCGUCAGCCAAAAUUCGCGUGGACUUAGAUGAUAAAUUGAACAGCACGCACGAUUGGUUUGCUGUAGCAGAAAAUCUUUUGAAGGAUGAAGAACCAGUGUGGCAAGAAGAAGCUUACACGGAAUUCGGAAAAUGGAUGGACGGGUGGGAAACCCGAAGAAGAAGAAGUGCUGGCCAUGAUUGGGCGAUAAUUGCAUUAGGACAUCGGUCUAUUGUCAAGGGUUUUUACGUCGACACUGGAUACUUUACAGGAAAUCACGCUCCGAGGUUUUCUAUCCAAGCUGCGCGAUUGGCAGAAAAUGAAAUUUCUUCAUUUCCGAUAAGAAACAGUCAGCUUGGAAAUGCGGCUUCAAUGGAAGCCAGGAUGCAAAUAGCGCGCUUAAAAUCUGAGAAUUGGACGACAAUAGUCCCGCAAACAGAACUGCAACCAGGGUACGAAGCGACCCGGCGACAAAAUUUCAAUUCAACCUCGACAGAGCAAUGGACCCACCUGCGUCUGAAUCUUUUCCCCGAUGGAGGAAUCGCGCGACUUCGCGCCUACGGUUUAAUUAUCCCGCAAUUUAAACCCAGAGAAUUCGCGGUACGAAUCGAUCUGGUGGCUCAACAGAAUGGAGGAGUCUGCGAAGAGUACAGCAAUGCGCACUACGGUCACCCGCGGAAUUUGAUAAAUGAAUGGGCGAUAUUCAGGCUCGGUUACGUCGGAACUGUAGACACCAUCGAGGUUGACACGGCGCAUUUCAGAGGCAACUUUCCUGACAGCGUCAAAGUCGAGGGAACAUUGGCUCCAGAUGUUACCAGCAAGAGCCUGAAUUGGAAGACCAUCCUACCAACCCAAAAACUGAGCCCCAACCGCUCGCACGUUUACACCUCAAUCACAUGGCCAGGGCCAGUGAGCCACAUCCGGAUAAUCAUCAGCCCAGACGGCGGAAUCUCGCGGUUCAGAUUCUGGGGUCAUCCUGAAAAUGAAAAUUUUAAAGAUAAUUAA